AAUUUUUAUAACCUAAAAUUUUGAAAAAUUUGAUUUCAUAUUUGAUGAUAUUAGAAUUUUAGGUUUUUUAACAGUUGUUAAUUAAAGGUACAAAAUGAGAAUAACCCCUGUAUUACUGAAACAGCACCUCGGGUGGCAUUUUUACAAGCACUGGGUAGUACAAGGAAAAGUUAAACCCCUAGAAACUGGAGCCACAGCAAUUCUCAAAUCAAAAGGAAUACCAGUAUAUGAUCCUAAAGAUAUAAUAUCCGAAAAGCGAACUAUCGAAAAAAUACAGGUAAUUGGUGAAAGAGAUCUUCCCCAACCCCUGGAUGAGACUCAUCCAAAUUGGCACGAAACACCCCUUUUUAAAGUCGGCAAUAAUAAUGUGUUAUUAGAAGGGUUGAAUCAAGCUCAAAUUGUUACGAAUUCUGUAAAAAUCGCGGAUGAUCUACCAAAUAAGAUUAAUGUUGAGGCCUUGCCGAAGAGUGUGGAUAAAGUAAUGAAAAGCAUUAUUAUGCAAUCGCAUGUAUUCGAUGCUGAGCAAAAGACAUUGCCAAAAAUUAAGGAUCCGGAAAGACCUGCUUGGAACUUUCCUAGAAUUUAUGGAAUUAGCCAAGAAAGGAGAAAUAAAAUUAUUACGCACAAAUUAAUCAACCUGUUGGAGAAUACUAGCGAUAAGGAUUUGGCUAAACAGAGGUAUAUUUUUGAAGAUUUGUUAUUUUCUUAUCCAUUCGAACGGAAUGGUCAAUUAGCCCAACUGGAAGUUUCCGGAAACGUUGUCAUGACGUCUACAAAACCUCUUCCGCCUAUAACUAACGACUCUUUGGAAAGUCACAACCUGCCUAACAUUGAUCCAAUUGAUCCGUUAAUCACUUUUACUAAAGAACACAUUUACGAAUUACGAAACAUUUACCCGAUUAAGUCAACAGUAAAGGCGCACCAUCCACAUACAAUUUUUAUUCACUUUGACAGAGAAUUUGUAAAAAAUCUGUAUGAAGAAGAAGUUACAACAGAGCAAAUUUUUGGUAGAUCCCUUCUGCAUACAUUUACUGUAGCUGCCAGCUAUGCAAGACAGAAAUACGGGGAUGGGAAAACUCUCGACGAACCUGUUACUGUACAAUGUGUCCAAACUGACGGUAGAAUCUUCCACUUUGGUGUACUUCAAUUGAACACUUUGAAUUUGUUAGAUGCCAGUACUAAGAACGUGUGGUAUCAAACACCCUUGCAAUAUUUGUUCGAAAAUUGUGAAUACGUUAAGGGCAAACCGGUUUUGGAAGGGUACAACAAUCAAAUUAUACAGCAAUUACAUUCUUUUUACCGUAAUGUAUAAAACUGUUUAUUUUUAAGUGAAUUAAAACUACAUAGAAGUUUAUUUAAUUAUUUGAAAUAUCUAUCUGUAACCCUGAUCAGAGGCGCAUGUUUAGUGCGGUUCAAUACAAAAUCUAAGUUACUCUGAAUAAAAAUCUGAUAUCAAAUACCACGUCUGUUUUUAAAACAUUUCUGAUGUUACCAUAAGAAUUAUAUAAUUUAAAUUUGAUUACUAAAGACAAUAACAAUUGAGUAGGAUCAGUUAAGGCGCGGAUACACGUGUCAAGUAGCUAUUUAUGAUUUAGCUACUUGAUAUGUGUAAUCGCGCCUUUAGUGUAGUAGAAAUCAUCGCUUUAUGAGAAUGAAAAAAAGCUAUAAAAACAACAAAGAAUAAUAUCCGCAAUAGAACAAAUACUGAUGCGUCUGGACAUAUUUGAGUACUUUAAUUUCGAAAACACAUACACUCGCUAUAUUUUGGCUAUUAGGUUCACUAUGCAAUGAUUUUAAGGCGUGGGGACAAGGACACGUAUCAAGUAGCUAAAGCAAGUUACUAAAACAAGUAACUAAAAUAUAAUAAACUUAAUAAACAACUUAACUGGAGAACUGGAGAUCUUAAUAGGGGUAAAUGGUGCAACAUUUUUUAUAUAAUGACUUUUUUAAAAUUUUAUACCAUUUAUCCCCAACAGGAUCUCCAGCUACGUUGUUUAUUAGAGAGUGUAUGAGUUUGCAUCAGUAUUUGUUCUACUGCCGAUAUUCUUUGUUGUUUUUAUGGCAUUUUUUUCAUUCUCAUAAAGAGAUGAAUUCUACUAUGCAAAUAAGUACACAUAUGCCCGUUUUAUAUUAAAAUUUCGAGAUAUUUUUAUGAUCUUUGAUUGCAUCGAGAUUAUCUAAAUGUUCCCACCAAAAUUUCAACUUUUCUUUUAAAAUCAAACGAAACCAAGGCGACAGAGGUUCUUUUAUAUCACUAACAAAACUAUCUACCUCGUUUUUGCCUAUGUAACGAACUUCUGCUAUCUCAUUUGGAUUCGGAUCGACUUCGACGUCGUCCUUAAAGAAGAAAAUAUAAUCUAAUUCGUGCUCUCCCCACGUUCCAUCUGAAAAUUUAUAGAGAAUCCUUGUAAUAUAUUCGAAUUUUUCUAAGGGCAUGCUUUCAAUGGGAAUGCCGAGUUCGUAAUUUAGUCUACGUAUUGCCGCCCUUUUCACUCCCUCGGUGCCGUUUUCUUCGCCAGCCACUUCUGCUAUGGGAUGACUGCAGCAAGUGUUUGUGUAACAAUUAGGAUACGUUAUCUGUAAUAAACAA